UAGUUUCAGUGCACCUCAUUAGGGUUUCAGUGUUGAGGCUCUUAUUCUCUGCGGCUGCACGCUUCGCCGUCUGAAACAGAGUACUAGCUAUGGCUGAACAGACAGAGAAGGCUUUUCUGAAGCAACCGAAAGUGUUUCUAUGCUCUAAGAAAGGUGGGAAGGGAAAGAGGCCAGGGAAAGGUGGGAAUCGCUUUUGGAAAUCAAUUGGGCUUGGAUUCAAGACUCCCAGAGAUGCCAUUGAAGGGACCUACAUUGACAAGAAGUGCCCUUUCACGGGCAAUGUUUCCAUCAGGGGUCGUAUCUUGGCUGGUACAUGUCACAGCGCUAAGAUGACAAGGACCAUCAUUGUCAGGAGGAAUUAUCUUCAUUUUAUUAAGAAAUACCAGAGAUAUGAAAAGCGUCAUUCAAAUAUUCCUGCACACAUAUCUCCUUGUUUCCGCGUUAAAGAAGGAGAUCAUGUUAUUAUAGGCCAAUGCAGGCCAAUAUCAAAGACAGUGAGGUUCAAUGUGUUGAAAGUAAUUCCAGCUGGAUCCUCUAGCGGUGCAAAGAAGGCAUUUACGGGAAUGUGAGAAUUUUGUCAAUAUUAAGUAGUAGAAUCACCUUGCGGAGAAUACUGUUCAAAUGCUUCAAGGUUGAGUUAAAUUAAGUCAAAUUUUGUGAUCUUUCAAAGCUUCUUGAUUUGAGUGAUUGUAUGUUCAGAUUUUUUGAUGCAUAUUAUGAUUCUUAAACAAUAGUUACGAUUGUUUCUAUUUCUUAGAUUAUGUUUACACAUCUUGUCUUC